AUGGUUGCAUCGAGCGGGUGGUCCAGGUUCCCGUCUACCCUUCGUCUUCCGUCCGCGAGCCUAUCUGGAAAUCGUGGCUCCUUGCAAGUCGCAAACCUUCUAGCAAACCUUCUAGUUCUUACUUCCACCAUGAGCAAUAGCACAGCCCCCGCCCAGCCCAUAAGGGUACGAUCGACUUGCGACGUGUGCCUCGAUGCCAAAGUUCGUUGCUCACGGGACCGCCCAGCUUGCCGCCGAUGUCUACACCAUGGCCGCGACUGCGUGUACAGCAAUAAACGCCGUCUCGGACGGCCUCGAGGAACCACAAGCAGACCUCGUGCCGCGUCCUCGUCGACGGCCUCUGCGGGACCGUACACCAACCUCUCGCCGGACGAGACAGGACAUCCGAUGAGCACAUCUCACAUGAGUGGUAACUUUGGYGCGUUUUCGAACAGCCUUCCCUUGGAGUCCAUCUCUCCAUUCGCUCAGCAACAAAUGGCUCCCGCCAACAUAGGCUCCAGCGAGUAUCCUUUCUACCCUACUUGGCAGGCAGGAUUUGAUCACGAUGCGAGCGUGCCGGCCUUUCCCGCUCCCGAUUCUUCAAGGUCGGCGCAGGUUGCCUCGCGUCUCGAUCAUGUUCAGCAUGCCAACUUUGGAGGUGCUUACACGGGUUAUGAUCUCGGCUCAUUCAAUAUUGACACAAAUCCACCUCCUUUAGUCCACAGCACAAGUAACAAUGGUCUGGCCAGUCAUGUGGGAUCUUCACCUGAAUCCGCCCAAGACACAGAGUAUCCAUUUUCAACGAUGCUGUUGAGACCAGUGUACAGCAAUCUCGACAAUGGCCAAAGGAUUUUGCUGCCAGUGAUGUCUGCAGGUCUGACACCCACCGAUACCCCUCCAACCACGUCCGCGACAAAUACGCAUGUGCCCGCAUUCUGCUCUUGUUACAGCGACAUUCUACAAAGACUAUCGGAUUUGAAGGACAAUAAUUCCGGAGUGUCAACAUCGGAGCUGGAUCAGAUCAUGGAGCUGGAACAGGACAUCAGGAUACAGAUACUGGCCAUGGUCCGAUGUGAACUCUGCCUUUUUGAGCGACCUCGCGCUCUUCUGCUUGUUGGCGUUGUUCUUGAAAGCGUGCUAGACCUCUUGGAGUGUGCCUGUGUCACCGACACCCCGAUCAAUACAAGCGAGCAUGUGAGGCGUCCACCGAUGCUCACGCACACGAGCAGCAGUGGCUCUAGUUCGUCUUACAACUCCAAUCAUUUGUACGAGAUACCCACACUGAACGCGACGAACCCAAACGUCCAAUACAAUGUCUGCUCGAGCGAAAAAGCUGCACAACUCCGACAUCUUGUUCGCACUCGGCUGUAUGAGGUCUUGGGACUCACCCGGCAUCUGCACGAACACGUGCAGCGCUGUCGAUCCUGGGCGUCAAAUUUUGCGGCGGCCGAUACAACGAUGGCGGAAAUUGGCAAUCGAGUUUGCGCAUUGAUGAGUCGACUGGAAGGCUGA